GGUUUCCCAUCGCUUGUUAUUCAUCUAGCGUUUGCGGCCAAUGAAGCUAGCAGCCGAGGCUUAGAAAAACAAAUAUUGUAAAUAUAUCCACUUUCCUCAACAAAUUCACCUGAAUUGUGACCAAAAACCAGCAAAGCAUUAAAAUGACUGAAGAGGUUAACCCGAAGGCAUACCCUCUGGCCGAACAGGCCCUCACCAGCAAGAUCAUGACGCUGAUCCAGCAGGCGGUCAACUACAAGCAGCUGCGUCGCGGCGCUAACGAAGCCACCAAGACGCUGAACCGUGGGCUGUCGGAGUUCAUCGUGAUGGCGGCGGAUGCGGAGCCGAUCGAAAUCAUUCUGCAUCUUCCGCUGCUGUGCGAGGACAAGAACGUGCCGUACGUGUUUGUGCGCUCCAAGCAGGCGCUGGGCCGUGCGUGCGGAGUGUCGCGCCCGAUCGUCGCCUGCUCCGUCACGAUCGACGAAGGUUCGCAGCUGAAAUCUCAGAUUGUAUCAAUCCAGCAGGAGAUCGAGCGUCUGCUCGUUUAAGGUUAGGGUCCUUUCGGGAGGAAGGGACAAAGUACAAAGAAGAGUGUAUUACCGAACGCAUUUUAUUCGAUUGUGAGGGAAGAUGUAUUUCAAAGUGGAAGGAGAGAGUGCGGAUAACCUAUAAAACUAAGGAUUUACGGAGUUGAUCCGUAAAACACGCA